GUGUGAGUAUUCGGUGCCUUAUAGUAUUGUGUCUUCUUACUGUGGCGCAACGGCUAAAGUACUCCGGGUGCCGGGCCGGCAUCAUGGUUCCUACACACCGUGUUGUCAGGGUUGUUUCCUUCGAGAAUGUGGGUGUCAGGGCUCUAAUGUGCUCCCCGUACCCUGCCCCCGCCGUGUGUAACGGGUACGCCCCGUAUUGAUACAGUUGGUCGGUACAAUCUCCCCGGGGCUCGGCCGGUGCCUCCGGCGCAGAGAUGAACGGACAGGCCGACGAGGAGGUGGAUUAUAAGCGCAAAUACAAGAACCUCAAGCGCAAACUCAAGUUCCUCAUCUAUGAGCAGGAAUGUUUCCAGGAGGAGCUGAGGAGAGCACAGAGGAAACUACUGAAAGUCUCCCGGGACAAGAGUUUCCUAUUGGACAGAAUCCUGCAGUAUGAGAAUGUGGAUGAGGACUCAUCAGACUCGGAUGUGACCGCCUCGUCGGAGAACAGUGACACAGAAGGGGGCCGCGGACCCAGCACCCCCCCUACCAAGCGGAAGAGAAGCCCUCCUGCCGGCUCGGCCUCCCCUCAGCCACCCUCCUGCACAUCUGGUCUGUCUCUGCACACAGCGGGGGGCCCGUACCUCAGCGCAAUGAGCUCACCCCCUUACACCCCGUUUCCCUCGGAAUAUCUGGCUCCUCUCCCAAACUCCACGCCCCCCAAACCUGAACGUGCCAAGAGAGAUGGGAAGAAUCGUGGGGUUAAACCUAAGAAGCCCAAGAUACCCCUCAGCUCCUCUCCCAGCUGCGGUGGGGUUCUCCCUUUCAGCCCUCGUUCAUCCAGCCUCCCGCCUCUGUCCUCCUCUUCCAAGCACACCCCCCCGCCAACCAUCCUCAGCACCGUACCCCAGCAGAUGUUCAGCGACGGUGGGGAAGGGAGUGGAGAUGAAGGCCCGGAUGGGGACGAAGAGGACGAUUUAGUUAUCGACAUUCCCGAGUAAACGCCUCCAGUUGGUGAACUUUAUUUUCUUCUAUUGCCCGUUUCCAGUAUUUCUAACUUAAACAUGUAAAUAUUUUUUAAUAAACGCGUCUGGCUGAUACGAGGCGCAUCAUUGGCUCUAA